GUAUAUCUGAGUACACAUUUUAUUUCUCCAAAAUAAUGUUUUUUUUUUUAUUAUCUAAAGGACUCCAAUGGUUUGGAUGUACAGACUGAAAGGCAAAGACCAAAGUACUACAUAAAUAGAAUCGAGAAAUCCUCAGAUUCUUCAGAGCGAGCACAUUGCCUUGAAAUGGCAUUACCAGCUAUCCAUCAAAGUGAGUUGGCCAGAACUCCUUCCAAAUCUAGAUCAGAAGACUAUAACAUCCUUAGUGUGCUGGGAGAAGGAUCUUUUGGACAGGUGUUUCUGGCAGAGCACAAACAUUCAAAGAAGAAAUUUGCGAUUAAGGCUAUUACAAAGAAUGUAUAUGACGAACAAGCCACUCAAAAAAUUGAGACAGAAAAGAAGAUAUUGCAAUUGGUAAAGAAGGAAAAAGCUCCAUUCCUGAUUGGCUUAGACACUUACUUUGUGACAAACUACAAUGAGUGUUUGGUUAUGGAAUAUGCCCCAGGAGGUGACCUAAGGUUACUUAUGGACAAGUAUGACCUGCCACUGAAAUGCAGCAUAUUUUAUGCAGCCUGCAUUGUGCAAGGACUGAAAUUUUUGCAUGAAAACAACAUUGUCCAUAGAGAUUUGAAGCCUGAAAACAUUUUGUUGGAUAAGAGAGGAUAUCCCAGAAUUACAGACUAUGGAAUUAGCAAAACUGGUACGUUUCCCUGGCCUCAUAUUAUAUAAAGAGAUGGUUUAUUGUGCCACAAACUAUGCUUGUUCAUAAAAUAGUAUCACCCUACAUGAAAUUUUCCACUGAUACGGAUAAGACUCUAGUUUAUUGACAAUAUGGCAGGUUCCCAAUGGGGCAGAUGUGGCUGUUCUGCACAUCAGGACCAUUUAAUUUGGUCUGAAGCGCCACGGUGCCUAUUCCUAUAUGACUCUGUGGGCAAAGUUAGUUUAUAUAUAUAAACUAUAUGUAUACACAUAUCAAGUAGGUACCUUUAAAAAUUUCUGUAUAAAUACAGAAACCAAUCUCUACAAAUCAUUUUUUACUGUAUUUUAUCAUAUUAUGGUUAAGGUCUUUUUAACUGUAUUACACUUAUGACCUACGUAUGGAGAUGUAAAUGGGAAUAGACAACAUCAAAUUAAUGUUGCACUUUUUAUGUAGACAGCUAAGGCAAGAUCUGUAUGAAUACAGGUCACUUCCACUAACUUAUGCUUUUUUUCUAUU